UUGCGGAAAACAGUUAUUUUCCCAAGGUAGCUGUGACGACAUGAGGUCGAUAAGCCGAGGACAACACUUGGUUUAUUUUAAGGUUUAACUUUAAAAUAUUUAAUUAGCGAGUGAUAACUCUUGCUAUACAUGUUUACUUACUCUUGUCUGUAAUUACCUUUCUUGAAAAUGGUUAGAAUAAACCAGUCCAUAAUUUUUGAGUUAUUAAACUUCAUUGGUCGUAGUUCUGAAUUACAUUUUGUUUCGUACUUUUUGAUUGGUUUAGUCUUGGCGCAUUAGACUGUAUUUCCCCUCGGUUUCUGACGUAGUGUGAGGCCAGUCCUUUGUUUAGAAUUAACUCUUUUCUUCACUGUUGUUUUUGUCUUCGAACUGAUUACACGUUCUUUUUCGAAAAAUUAGUAGUAGUUUUUGGGAUUCAACAGUAUCCCUACACGUUAAAAAAUUAGAUUAUAUCGGAUAUGAAAGAUACAGCACUGAAAUAAUGUAAAAAGUGGAAAGGAGUGGAAUAAGCACUAUAAGUGGCAUAUAAAUUAUACGUUUUGACUUUAUUUGUGAAAUUUGUGGACUUUGAUUUGUGAAGUGAUAGUUACUGAGUAUGGCCACGGCCAACAAGAGAAAUACAAAAAGACAAGAUUAUAAGAAAAUGCACGAAGGAAUCGAGCUAGACGUUGAAGUGUUUGAUAAUAGUCUAAAGCACCAACCAGUUAUAACAACGAACACCUCAGGCGGGGCCUCCUUAGAACCGGAAGAUACACAAAUGAGUCAUACUAAAGAAACUCAUGGAAAUGGCGAUCUCGCUACGAGCAAGGAAGAAGACGAGGAAAUGCGUCUCAUAGAGCAGGCGAUCGAGGCAGCCGAGGAGGAAAAACAGGAGAUUUUGAAGACAAGAAAGAAGGAAGAGUUACGGGCGCAGUUGCGACGUAAACAACUAGAAGUGAAGCAGCUGAAAGAGGAAGACUGUCACAAAAUCCGUAAAGUUCUCAUUGUUGGGGAUUCCAUAGUGAAGCAUUUACCACAUAUUGAAGGUGUUACUAAUUUGUCUUUUAGGGGGGCAACUAUAGGGAUUCUAUGAAGUUAAACAGUUUGUUCAAGAGAAUUUACUAUAUAAGAGGUAGGCUAUCAUGUUGAACUGUUGCUAUUUGUUUUUACUGCGUUGUGUUCCAUUACAGCUUAAAUGCAUUUGUAUUUACUAAGGAUACAUGAGAUUCAAAAACUAUAGAUAUAAAAAUUUUGGAAACUAUUUGAAGAUCUUUUUCUAGAGACAGAUUUGUGUCUCCAGGCAUAACUUUAUCAUUUCAGUUAUACAAGCUACAUUCAUCAUUCAUUACUAUUUAUGAAUUUCAUGUAUUCUUAUAUUAAUCUUAACCACCUUUUGGCUUAUGACAUGCAUCCCUUUUGUUCUGAUACGAUUGCUUGCCUUACCAUAUUUGCUUUGACUUUGUUUGCGUUGUCUUGCUUGCUUGCCUUAUAAUUUUUGCCUUUAUUGCCUUGUUUAUUUGUGUCGUUUGCCUUAUGUUUAUUUGUCUAUGUUUUGCUUGUUUUGGCUGUAAUUUGGCGGUUUUCAGUAUAUAUUUAUAUAAUUGAUAAUUAAAUUGAUACACGUGUGAUUAUAUUUGGCAUUAAAAUUCAUAUUUA